UUUUUUUUUUUUCCUUAGUUUUUUUUAUUAGAAGAUAUCCUAUAAAUUUUAUUUUUGCCCCCCUAAGCCAAGUCGUCUGGGUCCGCCCCUGUAUGGAGCUACCCUGGAUCCUUCAGCAUACGCAUAUUCUUGCUACUUACAGUACACUCAACACGUAUUUAUUUAUUGUCCUAUUCUACGUCAACUUUACGGUAUACAUUUCUGCUUAUAAUUAAAGAGAUGGAUGUCACUAGGAGUGGAAAAAUCGGGUGGUUUGGUGUUAUUGCAAAUGUAACUUGAACUGUUAUCUUCACUGAAGCAGCAAAACUCUGACUAGUAACUUCAACUCGUACAGUAUUGGGAUCUAUAUAUCUUUCUUUAACCCUGUUUUAAUUGUAACUUGACAAGUCUUCUCUAGCCCUACGAUGCUUAUUAUGGGAAGAGAUAGAUACCAAAUCAACACUACCAUCCUCACCAUUUCCAUUUCAAUGCUGAAGGUGCUCAGGAUAUGGCAGCUAUGUUGGGCGUUGUGUCAACUAUGGAACAUAGAGAGGAAAUUCACGAUCCUCUGACGAAGCCCGAUGCCGACAAGUUGAAUGCUACCUAUCUUGCUGUUCAUGGAAGCACUAUUUUGGGAUGUCCGUUGUGGCAGAGAACCUCGGCACUUUCAUAAUGAACUUUGCCUCUGGUUGUUGAAAGCUAAUUCAUUUGCUACCACAAUAUCUACUAAUAUCGAUUCAAUUCUCAUGCUUAAUGGGACAAACUUCAAGGAUUGGAUGGAGAACGUAUUGAUUGUUCUUGGCUACAUGGAUUUUGACCUUGCACUUCGGAUUGAGCAACUCACUCCUCUUAUGGAAGAAAGUUCUCCUGAUAAAAGGAGAAACUUUGAGAAGUGGGAUUGUUUAAAUUGCAUGAGUCUAAUGAUCAUUAAGCGCGGCAUUUCGAAAGCCUUUAGAGGUGCAAUAUCCGAAGAGAUAGCUAAUGCUAAGGAGUUCCUUGCCGAAAUUGAGAAAUGUUUUGCGAAAAAUGAUAAGGCUGAAACAAGCAUGCUUUUGCAAAGCUUGAUUUCAAUGAAGUAUAAAGGCAAGGGGAACAUAAGGGAGUACAUCAUGGAGAUGUCUCACAUUGAUUCAAAACUUAAAGGGCUAAAGCUUGAGCUGUCUGAUGACUUGCUCGUGCAUUUGGCAUUGAUCUCGCUUCCUGCACAGUUCAGUCAAUUUAAGGCCAGUUAUAACUGUCAGAAGGAGAAAUUGUCUCUAAAUGAGCUCAUUUCAUAUUGUGUGCAAGAGGAAGAAAGGUUAAAGCAAGAUAGAAUUGAAGUUGCUAACUUGGCAAACACUUCUAAGGAUAAGGACAAGAAAAAGAUGAAGGAAUAUGAAGCUGCUCCUAAGAGUCCAGCACAAAAGAAACAAAAAAAAAAAGAUAAAUGAACUUGUUUCUUUUGUAAUAAGGCUGGACACGUGAAGAAUGUCUAUGCCAAAUAUCAUGCAUGGUGUGCAAAGAAAGGGCUGCCCGAGCUACCGAAAAUCAAGUGAUGGUGAAAGAUAUAUCUAUGUGGGUGAUGGCAAAUCGGUGGAAGUUGAUGCAAUAGGCACUUUUAGGUUAUUAUUGGGAACUGGUUAUUAUUUGGAUUUGCAAGACACUUUUGUUGUGCCGUCUUUUAGACGGAAUUUAAUUUCUAUUUCUUUGUUGGAUAAAUUUGGAUAUUGUUGUUCAUUUGAAAACAAUCAAUUUAGUCUUUCA